AUGUCGCGACGUAACAACGCCAAUUCCGACCGAGCACGUGAAGAGGCAGAAAGUAGCGCCGACGAAAAUACAGCAAUCGUCAGACGCAGGACUGGAGUGGGCACAUAUGGUAGCACCGAUGCGGAGCAUGUUGUGACGGCAGGUUACGAUGGUGCAGCAGAAGAAGGCUUGGAAAGAGAGCCAAGUCCUAUCGAGCGCAGAAGAAAGAGUAGUACAUCUCAGAGAGUCGCAAGUACACGUGGAGGUAGAGACUCGCGACAAGGCAGUAUCGGUACCGGUCAGGAGUCCGAGGAUGAGGCGGAGAGAGAACACUACUGGAGACAGCUUGUUGAGAAGUACGGUAGCGUCGAACUUGAGAACAAGGGCAGUGUGGCACGCGAUCACCUCGCACUAGAACGUACAUUUUUGGCAUGGCUACGCACAUCACUCUCGUUCGCAUCAAUCGGCAUUGCCAUCACACAACUUUUCAGGCUGAACACAUCGAUUGCGAACGAAGGUAGUGAAGACGGUUCAGCAUCGGCCACUGCAGUGAACAGCAUUAACAAGCGAAAGUUACGACAACUAGGCAAGCCCUUAGGAGCAACAUUUUUGGGAGUUUCAAUACUCAUACUUCUGCUCGGCUUCCACCGAUAUUUCGAAAGUCAGCACUAUGUUAUUCGUGGCAAGUUCCCGGCGUCUAGAGGUAGCAUAAUGGUUGUUUCGUUUGUGGCAGGAGCGCUGAUUGUGGCGAGUCUGGUGGUGGUUAUCGCGAUCGCUCCUUCUGCUUUCGAGACAUAG